CUUGAAACGGCGGAAACGCUACGAAGAAAAAUUCACAUGUUUUCAUCGAAUUUGGAAAGUUAUUGAUAAAAGUCACCAAUAAAGUUAAACGUGCGAUAUAGUGGAUACAAAAUACUGACAGGAAUAUACAUUACAAGAAAAAGAGACUUGACAACAAGACUACAAAAGGAUAUAACACACAUAUAUAUAUAAUGUCUCUACCAGCGCCUAACCAGGAAGUAAAGGCCGCAGUGGUUGUAGGGAUAGACUUUGGUACCACGUACAGUGGCUAUGCCUUCAUGUUUACCAGUGAUCCGACCUCCAUCUACACAGCAAUGGGAGAAGAGAGGGAACCCACAUGUGUGCUCCUUAACCCAGAUAAAACAUUCAACGCCUUUGGUAAACAGGCUUUAGAGAAGUAUGCAGAGUUAGAACCAGAGGAACAUCAGUCACACUAUUUUUUCCACCACUUCAAAAUGAAACUGUAUGAGAGUAAAAAACUCACAAGAGAAACGUUUAUCCUUGAUCAGACCGGAAAAGAUAUGAAAGCUAUGGAUGUUUACAGCAUUGUUUUGCAAUACUUUAAUAGAGCAGUUAUGCAACAAGUUGGGCAGGUGAAAAAUGAUCAACCCGUCCAGGGGUUUUCUUCAAAACACAUUCUAUGGAUGCUAUCAAUGCCGGCCAUUUGGACAGAAUACGCUAGAAAAUUUAUGCGAGAAGCUGCAACGAAUGCCGGACUGGAAAAUUUCAAACUGGUGUUGGAACCGGAGGCUGGUGCUUUGUAUGCCGUUGACAAACUUCUUAACAUAAGAGAGGUCAAGUCUGCAGAUAAGUUUCCAGUUGGACACAAGUAUAUCUUGGCUGACCUUGGUGGAGGAACAGUUGACAUUUGUGUUCAUGAAAUCGUUAAAGGUAGAAAUCUCUGCGAACUCUACAGAGCAACGGGCGACUAUGCUGGGGGCUCCAGAGUCAAUCAUGAAUUUGAACAGUUCUUUGUGAGAUUGUUUGGGGCUCCAGCACUUGAAAAUUUCAGAAGGAAUUGUACACAUUCGUAUCAGGAAUUUAUCCAGAAUAUAGAAAGAAAAAAAUGCAUGUUUUCACAAAACACAGAAAAAGUUACUUUAAUACUGGAUUCUGACUAUGUGACGUUAGUGGAAAAUGAUAAUGGCGAAACAAUAGAGGACAUGAUAUCAGGCUCAAGGUAUAGAGAUCGUGUUCACUACAAGAAAGCAGGACGCCGUCUUAUUGUAAACAAUGAUGUUGUGAAAGAGUUCUUUGACAGCUCUGUCGACGUUAUUAUUGCAAACUUGAAAGAGAUCCUGUCUGCUUGUCACGAGGACAUUAUAACUAGUCUACUGCUAGUUGGGGGAUACUCUGAGUCACCGUAUGUGAUAGAAAGAUUACAACGAGAAUUUUGUCAACUUCAAACUGUGAUAGUAAAAGAUGGGAGACUGGCCGUGAUGAAAGGGGCUGUGAUGAUGGGACUGAAGUCAAGAUGUAUCAUCCAGAGAAGGGCUAGAUUCACAUACGGGUUUAGGAAAACUGAGCUUUUUAUAGAAGGGGAGCACCUGGAACAGUUUAAGUACAAUCACGAUGGAAAGAUCUGGUGUAUCGGUGUGUUUGACAAGGUGAUACAGAAGGGUCAACUCCUGCAACACAAGCAAGAGUUUUCAAGGAAUUUCUGUAACGUUUUUAAACGACCAGAUAAAACAGCAAGUUCAGUUUACAUCACUGUGGCGGUCUCCAAAGCAUGAACCCAUGUAUUGCUUACUUAAAGAGGACCAGUGCGAGAGAGUGGGAGUAAUCAACAUGCCACCUCCUACAGGGGGCUGGCCUGAAAUAGUGCAUUGGGUAGAGAAAUUGAUUGUUGGUGAGACAGAGUUCACCAUGAAAGUGCUU